UUACGCUUGCAACAUUACAAUUAAUGUCAUCUUUGAUUUUGGAAAGAAAUGUUUACAGUUGCGUUUGAUUUGAAUUUUUACAUUUUUAGUUAUUUAUCUAAUAAAAUAUAGAUGGACGAAUUACGGGGACCAAAUAUACAAAUAGUCCUACAUGUAAAAGAAGGUCUUGGUUUUGGGUUUUUACGGACUCCGUUUAUCGUUAGUGGAUCUCUAAAUGGUUAUAUGCUAGAGACUGAUCCUGUUGUGCCGUCACAUGCUCCAGUCUUUGAUGCAGAACUUGUUUGGGAGGCUGACAAAAGAAGGUUUCGAAGCUUACGAGUUCAGAAUGUGCCGGUCAAAGUGGAAGUCUUCUCAACCAGUACUCAAGGCCGCAAGGAUAAAGUAGGAUACUUGCUUCUGAGUCUACUUGGAGCUCAACCAUGCCCAUCCAACAAAGUUGUAGAAGUCAAGCAUUCCUGGCACAGGCUGCUUGGUGUAAAGUCGGAGGGAAAAUGCUGCCAUCCACAGCUGUUGAUGAGCCUGUCUAUUGAAGACAGGAUUAACACGCCAACUCCUCGCAAUGAGCUGCGUAUGUUCCACAGCAAUGAGGUCGCCUACCCUCCUGCAAACCCAUCAUCGAAUCCUCCCACUGCCAAAUCUAUGUUGAUGACUUUGAAGGAAUAUGUAGCAGAAAGCAAGAAGACUGCGUCAUGUCCGGAGCUGCAGCCGAAGCUGCUGUGCGAUGAAGGCCUCAUACGGAUCGGCGCUGGGAAACAACUGUUUGUUCUCAGCUUUGUGAUUGGAGCAGUUGAAAAUUUUGACUUGUUGUUACCUGACCGAAACUCCAGCAAAGAAGUGGACUGUUAUGUCACUUAUUCAGUUUUCACACAUAACAUCAUGACGGAUCGAAUGUCACCAUCCUCGUCAUCAUCUGCGAAUGGUCUGUCGGUGCAGUUCAACCAGCGCACGUCGCUCCGCCUGGCCUCGGAGCUGGCGACCCUGGGCCGGUACUUCACGGACUGUCCGCAUCUAGUCACCAGGGUCUGGGCAGGGGAGACGGAUGUUGGUAUCUGCAGCAUGGACCUCCGCAAACUCAUACCAACGGAAGACAUACAACACUUUUUGUCAAAGUUCUGUAACGGAGCUCUCAGCAUACACGAGCGGUGCUUCAUCCUGCGCUGUGACGAGGGCCCGGCCAGAGAAGGGUCUAGGAGACCCUACGUCGAUGUCGAAAUGAGCCUCAAGUAUUUAGGAGAUAAGCAGGAGGUUCAGAAACCCAACAACCUGACGGCCCGCAGUGCCUCUCGCCUGCAGACUGGCGGGAAGGAACCAGUGCCUCAUGAACCAAACCUCGACUUCCGAAGUGGAAGCUGUACCAACCUCGGUCAUGAUGUGGGACAGGUCGCCUAUACUAACUUAGGAGCUAUGAAUACUGGCAGGUACAAAACCGCGUCAGGCGACACAGUCCUCCAGUCCACUGAGAUAGCGGACCUUAUAAAGAAGAUGUGUGAAUCCCUGGCCCUGUCCCAGGAGAGGUUGGUGACGUCAAGAGCGCGGCCCGUCACCGCCGACGUGCAGGUGCAGUGCGACCAUCUCCUCGGGGACUCCAACAGUGAACCUGCGCUCAGUACUCAGGAGGCGGGUGAUAGAACGGUUAUAUUGGAGACAAGCAUAAGUGAUACUUGUAUCACAAAAAAUCCAAAAGAAAUGGUAAAGAAGAUGAUUCCCGCGUUAGAACGCGACGCCAUAAUGCAGAAGUUUAUCGAUGAGCUCGAAGACUGGAAGGAGAAACAACAGGAAUUGUUUAAAUGUCAACUAAAACGCAAAGAAGAGUAUCACCUGGAACUCUUAGCUAAGGAGUGGUCGAAGAAGCAGGUGGACCUGGAGUGUAAACUGAGUAAGGGCAUAGAGCAGUGUCGCAACCUGGCGGCGGACCUCAGCAGAGCUACUGAAGACUUCAGACUUAGGGGCUACAGGAACUGUGAGAGGGAGAAAAAGUUGCUAGACGCAAAGAAGGCUCUAGAGUCCCACUACACCGACAAGUACCAGGAGUUGAGGCAGGCGUCGCAGAAGAUGGAGGACGACAUGAACCACCAGCUCAAGCUCAAAGACAUGGCCAUACAGGAGUUACAGCUCAAUGUAGAACAGCUGCAGAAACAAGUGGAACUGCUCAAGAACAACAUUAAGAAUACUGAAAAGGAAUCGCAGAGUCGAUACUCCGGACUAACGAAAGAUCAAACUGCCAGUCUUAUACAGGAGUUGCGUUACCUAGAAGAGAAACUAGACAGCGCGGUGCAAUCGAAGGCAUUCUUCAAAGAGCAGUGGGGGCGCGCCGUGCGGGAGCUGCACCUGGUGAAGCUCGCCACGAGGAAACAGAUGCUCUCGCAGCUGCAGCAGGAUCGGAAGCAGCUCGACACCAUGCGACUUGACACAAUAGAAGACGAAGAGGAAAUCAAUAUAAACCAAAAUCCUAUUGAUCUGAAGAAGCUGAAAGACGAUUUCUACGUGGACAUACUGGCGAACACGCCCGCACUCAACACGCAUUCUUUAAUAAAUCCGACCGGACCUGACGAAUUAGACAUGUUUAAUGAUCUGAAGAACGCACCAAAAAAUCCGAUGAACGAGAAAAUAAACGAGUUGAUCGCGCAACGUGACCGACUAGUACAACAGGACAACCCAGACGAAGAGAUGCUCAAACAAUUGAACCAUGAAAUACGAAGUAUGUUGCUCAAUUGUGGCACUUGACCGUGGAUUAAUGUAACUUAGUUUAAUACUCGAAUUUAUAACUAUUUUAUAGACAAAACUGUAUGUUGGGUACAUAUAAUGGGAUGGAAUGUUUGGAUACUGGCAUAUCCAGCAUAGCAAAGAAGCCUGUGUUUUGAAAUUUCGUAAAGGAUUUUCAGCCUUAUUGACAAUAUUUUGAUAAGAAGGUAAUUCCGUUAUCUUCAACACUCAUGCUCAACCCUAAAUGUUGGGGGUCACUAGAAUUUUCUCCUGGUUAUGACUAAUUUUGACUAAUGUCGUUUGAAGUCUAUUAAACCUUUUUAACCGACUUCAUUGUGCAUUAAUAUACUGGUUUCGGUACACUUAGAAAUGACUAAUGAUAUAAAAGUAGAUGAUGGACAUUUAAGUUAUACUAUUGUCGCCAAAGCUUUUGACUUCAUGGUUACUAAACCCCUCAUUUACUUUUAUAUACAUUUAUAAAGUUAAAAAUAUUAUGUUAAUUAAAAUAAAAUCAUUAAGGUCGUUGUUAUUUAUUAUUUAUCAUGUUUUGUUGUCAUAAAGUACGUAUUGUUGAUUUGUUAAUACUCUUUGUGACUGACGCUGACACUGAUGUAUGCUAGACGGGUUUGUUAUUGAAAAUAAAAAGAUUUUUUAAUGUU